AACUUGUUGAAAUGAAUAGAUAGCACAAUAUUUUUUAAAUCAGGAGAUAAAAUAAAUCUCGUUGACAAAUAAACACACUAUAUAACAAAUAUCUUGGAUUGUGUUGUUAUGUUACAAUCUCUGUCACGCCUCUUUUAUCCUUGUCCUGCUCGUUUCAUUUUUCUAUUUUAUACAUACUACUUUUCUCGAAAAGUAUUUCGUCCUCAAUUAACUCUUCCAUGAGAACAAAUAAAAUAUUAAUAGUACUAUAUAAUUGUCGCAAUCAUAUGACAUUAUAUGCAUAAUUUAUACAUGAUUUCAAUAACACAGAGGCACAUAUAUACUUGAUGGAAAGACUUUCUUGAGAGAUCACCGUAGAGCAUGGCCGAGGAAUCGUACGACGAAGAGUGCGACUACCUAUUCAAGGCUGUGCUGAUAGGAGACUCGGCCGUCGGAAAAUCAAACCUCUUGUCGAGAUUCUCGAGAGAUGAGUUUCGGUUAGACUCUAAACCAACCAUCGGAGUAGACUUCGCUUACAGAAGUGUUCGCGUUGCUGAUAAGACCAUCAAAGCUCAGAUAUGGGACACCGCCGGCCAAGAAAGAUUUAGAGCCAUAACGAGUUCGUAUUAUCGUGGAGCCUUGGGAGCUUUACUAAUCUACGACAUCACAAGGCGAACCACUUUCGAAAACAUUAAAAAAUGGUUGUCAGAGCUCAGAGGCUUCUCUAAUCCGGACACCGUCGUCAUUGUCCUCGUUGGUAACAAAUCCGAUCUCCGGCAGUCUAGAGAAGUUGAAGAAGAAGAGGGUCAAAGUCUAGCCGAAUCGGAAGGUCUCUAUUUUCUCGAAACGUCGGCUUUAGAGAACCAAAACGUGGAGGAAGCGUUUCUAAGCAUGAUCGGACGGAUACAUGAGGUUUUGACUCAGAAGAUCGCUUUAGACAAUAGACCCAACGGUGACGGUACGGUCAUUCCCGCGGGUACAGAGAUUGUGAAUAUUCAUGAAGUUACCGCCACUAGACCGUUGAGUACUUCACUCUCAAGUUGUUGUUACAAGUAAAUAAACUGAUUUUCUAUUUUUUUCUUAUUAAUAUUGUUUUGAAAACAUCAGUGAUGUCAAAACUAGCUAGUAAGUAAUUGUUGAAUUGUUGGCUUGGCUGGACUUGUCUUAUACAUUUAAUGAAAAAAAAACACAAAAUGUAACUA